AUGCAACCAGUAGCCAUGCUGACAUUUCGAUUCUUGCUUGCCUUUUACAUGGCUUUGAUUGCGGUUAUCGCGACUCGGAUACACAAUGGCAAUUCUGCUCUCGUCAGACAGACACCUUCGUCUCUUCCAACGACGGCUACUUUCCUAUCACCUCCGUAUGGGAAGUCUAGCAACGGCUCGGCGAAGAAAGCAAGUGCCAGAAGAGGGCCAUUACCAAGGAGUCUCGUAAGACGAAAUGAUGGAAAGGGAGUGAUGCAACCAUGGGCUAGACAAAACUCAACGCCUUCGACGCAGCCGUCUCCGUCACUCAUUACGACUACAAUUACUCGGACUACCAUAUUCGAGGUAGCAGGCGAGACUCGAGUUGUCGUUUCACCUCUUUUCCAAACAUUAACCUUUACCAAUCCUACUCUGGUCACUGAGACGAGUACGAUAACAGUUUCACAGCGUUCGAGAAACUUCGACAAGAGAGAAGUAGUAGGCUCGGUCACCACAAAUCAAAAGGCAAUCUCAUCAACCGAGAGCAGCCAUCUAUGGAAGGUGGUGCCCGCGUCGGAAACAACAACACUUCGUCCUCAUUUCUCAGGUGCGAGUCGGCGCCAUACCUCUAAUGAUGUGAUGGCGGUGACAGUGGCCGGUCAGAUGUCGACAAUCACCAUCGAAUUGACGGUAACACUAACUAGAACCGGUACCUUCGUCUCGACGGCAACAAUCUUCAACCCGGUCUUUGUUUCUACUACAGCAACCCCAACCAUGACGAUAACUUCUUUCGUCACAACGACCAUUUCCAUCACAACAGCGGCAUCAAGGACUUCAGAUUUAUCUUCAAUCGCUGAGAUCUUGCCGUCUCAGGGAUCAACUUCUGCAACUGCGAUCGCUUCUCUCACGACCCCGACCUCGUCUCGAUCUCCUGUUGGCCCCAGUACCGAAGUCUCGACAAUCAGCUCUUCUGCUUCAAGCGCACCAGAAACCACCGUCGAUGCUACAACUUGGUUCUCGACAGAGCCUGAGGGGUCCACCGCGACAGGUCGUAGCCUGACAUCUACUGAAACCAUGGUCUCAACCCGCCGCACACCCUCGUCAACAUCUCUUCCACCAGCCCCUGAGUUCUCAUCCCAACCCGCUCUUGGCCCUGGUGAGAUCGCAGGCGUCACAUUGGGUGCCGUAUCUGGAAUCGCCCUUAUCAUUCUCAUUAUCUGGUUGCUGCGCAGGCGCUCCAAGCGUCGCCAACACGUUCAUAUACCUGACGACGACUACCAAAUGACACCAACAGAAACUGCAGCCGCCAUCAUCAACUCAUCACCGCUUGCAAUGGACUUGCAUGACCGAAGCCGAGCGCUUCCCAGUAACGCGAGCGGUAAUAGCUCACGUGAUGGCGAUGUUCGCAUCGUUAUUCAACCCAUGGCGAAGCGUAGAACACAGAGCAGUAGUCUCUUUCCCAGCCCUAAGACUUGGCCGCGGCCACCAGGAUAUACUGGCCAGGCAUACAGUUUCUCAGCAGGGGAAAGCGGGGAUUCAACGCCUCGGGACCCCACGACUUGGAGCAAUGCGAGCGAGUAUGGAAGUUCUGGCAACCGAGAUGGCCUACUGGAUGGUGGGCCUUUGAAUAUGAAUGGAACAGGUGGUGAGGGUCACCAGAGAGCGCCAUAUGUACGAAUGGGACAGGAAAGUGAACGUCGGAAAGGCUCUGGCCUAUAG